AUGGACAUAGACACAGGCAUGCACCAAAACCAACACAACAACCAACACAACAACCAGCACAACAACCACCUCCACAACCAGCACAACAACCAACAGUUCAAAACCCUGCACAACAACCAACAGUUCAAAACCCUGCACAACAACCACCUCCACAACCAGCACCACAACCAACAGUUCAAAACCCUGCACAACAACAACCACAAACAGAGCAAGGACAUAAAAGAAGUAGAGAACAAGGAAACCAAGAAUUCUUAA